AUGAGACAGAUUCCACAGCGGCCGGAGAGUUUGGGAAGGAUGAUGAAGUGGUCAAUCGAAUUAAGUGAGUUCGACAUACAAUACCAACCAAGGCCCGCUGUCAAGGCCCAAGUGCUCGUUGACUACACAGCCGAAAGGCUCCCCGAGUCAGCUGCUAAGUCAGAUGUAUGGCCGCUACACAUUGAUGGGUCGUCUAACAUGACUAGAAGGGAAGCUGGAUUCAUCCUCUUAGCCUCGAACGGCAGUGAAACUCUUUUCGCACUAAAAUUAGAGUUCUUAGAAACCAACAACGAUGUGGAGUAUGAAGCUUUGUUAGCAGGUCUACGCUUGGCAAAAGCACUAGGGGUGGCACAGUUCAAGGUAUUAAGUGAUUCCCAGCUGGUGGUAGAGCAGCUGAAAGGAGAAUUUGAGGUUAGGGAUCAAAAAAUGAAGAAGUAUCUCGCCAAGGCCCAAGAAUACGCAAAAGCGUUCAUUCAUUUCGAUAUAGAACGCGUACCAAGGGCUGAGAACAAAAAGGCCGAUGCACUCGCUAAAUUGUCCUUAGCAACCAGCUCGGAAUGGAAGGACACUAUUUAUCUAGAGCGGAUAGGGAAGCCCUCAUAUGAGGAGGACAUAAUUAACUCGUUGGAAUCUAAAAUCAGCAAGGAGGAUUGGAGGGCGCCUCUAUUCCUGUACCUCCACGACAGAUCCCUACUAGAGGACAACAAGGAAUCUCUAAAAGUGAUAAGGAAGGCAGCAAGAUAUACGAUGAUAGGCCGAGAGCUAUACAGACGAUCCCUAACACUGCCAUACCUUCAUUGUCUAAGGGAAAUCUACGAAGGAGUGUGCGGAAACCACCUUGCCAAUAGGGCCUUAGCCCACAAAGCCAUGCGGCAGGGAUUUUACUGGCCCACGAUGAAGAAAGAUGCGCUCAAACUCGUCAAACAAUGCGACAAGUGUCAGAGAUGCGCAGUAGUACCACACGUACCAUCUAAUCUCCUCUCCCCUCUUACUAGUCCCUGCCCCUUCGCCCAGUGGGGAAUAGACAUGUUGGGACCUCUACCGCAGGCAACUGGUCAAAGAAAGUUUUUGGUGGUAGCGAUCGACUAUUUCACUAACAAUAGGAGGUCUGGGGUUGGUAUGGUGGCUGCCAUGGGUGCUGCUCUGCUGGUAUGCUGUAACUCUAGUGUGGCUGGGACAGCAAGAAGAGCUGCUGGCUUUCGAGUUGCAAAGGGUUAA